AUGGCUCUUCAUAAUCCAGAUUUUAGCACAGACGAUGAUUCAUGGGACAACAGCUCUGCAGAAUUUGAGCAAAGGUUUCAACUGGGAAGUGAAAUGACAAGUUUGUCUAGGUCUGCUUCUUCUGAGAAAUAUGAAAUCUUGGACAACCUUCAUGUCAAGUUCAACUUAUCAAAGAUGAGAUGCUGUCUAAAAUGCCUAAAAGUUUCAGGCCUUUUCAUCUUUGUAGUUGUCUGCUCUAUUUUAUUUGGCAUUUAUCCAGAUCAAGGUGUGCCAUGGCAGAUGUUGGCUGUGUCUCCUCUGGAAAGCUUCUCUAUGAAUCUGACUGAUUUUCAUGAUUCUGCUCUGUUGAAGUUAGACAUAGGAGGUCCAUUUGUAGCAGAUGUAGUCGAUCAUCAAACAGAUGAAUAUAUUGUAGUACAAAUCAGCCAGAAUGAAGAUGCUGGAUCAAGAAGGAGACGCCAGCAGCAGGUGGUAUACAACUGGUCUCUACCCUUAAGUUCAAGAAGAAAUCACCAAAUCAUCAGAACUAGAACCUUUCAGAUACCAAACAGAGGCACCAUCUUCAUAAACAUUCAAGCUUUUCUAAGGGAGUCUGGAAGUGUUCCUCUCUCCAUGAAGCAUCAAUACCUCCAUGCAACUAUAGAGGCACAAGUAACAGUUGCAUCCAUCAUCUUAGUAGGUGUCUAUGUGCUGAUCAUACUGGAAAUUGUUCACAGGACCCUUGCAGCCAUGCUGGGCUCUUUGGCAGCUUUAGCUGCCUUGGCUACUAUUGGGGAGAGGCCAAGUAUGGUCAAAGUGGUGGAGUGGAUUGAUUAUGAGACACUGACGCUGCUGUUUGGAAUGAUGAUUUUGGUGGCCAUAUUUUCAGAGACUGGAUUCUUUGACUACUGUGCAGUAAAGGCUUAUCGAUUCUCUAGAGGGAAGGUGUGGGCCAUGAUUACUCUUCUGUGCCUCAUUGCUGCAAUUCUUUCUGCAUUUUUGGACAAUGUUACCACUAUGCUGCUUUUUACUCCAGUAACCAUAAGGCUCUGUGAAGUGCUUAAUCUUGAUCCUAGGCAUGUCCUGAUUGCAGAAGUAAUCUUCACAAAUAUUGGGGGGGCUGCCACAGCUGUUGGGGAUCCUCCAAAUGUGAUAAUUGUUUCAAAACAGGAGCUGAGAAAGACGGUAUGUAUUGCAAGCUGUUUAGCUACUAAAAUUAA